UCCAGCAAUCAUGGAAGGUGGACUUUUUUUCUCCCUCGUUGACGUUCGAUGUUUUUGAAAUGUCCGGGUUUCGGGAUCUUUUAGUCUUUCCAAGGGAGGCCCAGCAGCUUUCAGUGAGUAAAGGAGAGGUUCCCCCUGAGCUGCAGGAGAGGAGCUUCAGGCUGAACCAGGAGAUUACCAUCAAAGAGGAACUGGAGGAAGACUGGAACAGUCAGAAGGGAGAGCAGCUCCAUGGGCCAAGGGCGUCUGGUAUCAGUGUGACUACUUUCUUUCCUGUCCCUGUGAAGAAUGAAUAUGAUGAAGAGAAACCUCAAUUCUCACAGCUUCAUCAAAGACGAACUGAACAAAUAGAAACAGGAGCUGAUGGAGAGGACUGUGGAGAAGCAAAGGCAGACGGUUACUCUAAUCCAGAGAGAGAUUUACCACCAGAGAUUGAUGUCAAAACUGAAUUUUCUUCUGAAGCUGAGACUGAUGACAGUUUUGAUUGGAGGGAGACAGUAGAACACAUGUCCAGUUCAAACUCAGUAGAUAACAUCAAAAGUAAAAGAGGAAAUUCAGACAAUAAUGCACAUUGCUGCUCUGAGUGUGGUAAAAUGUUCAACAAAAAAGUUAAUCUUACAGUUCAUAUGAGAAUUCACACAGGAGAGAAGCCCUUCAGGUGCUCUGAGUGUGGUAGAACAUUUGCCCAUCAAGGAAACAUGACUAAACAUAUGAAAAUCCACUUGGAAGAGAAAUCCUUUGACUGCUCUGAGUGCGAUAAAAAAUUUCACCAUAAAGACACUCUGACAAAACAUAUGAGCAGUCACACAGGAAAGAAAGCCUUCAGCUGCUCUGCGUGUGGUAAACGAUUUGCUCAAAAAUGUAAUCUGACACAACAUAUAAGAGUACACACAGGAGAGAAACCCUUCAUCUGCUCUGAGUGUGGAAAACAUUUUAACCAGCAAGGAAGUCUGGCCAGACAUGUAAGAAUCCACUUGAAAGAAAAACCCUUCAGCUGCUCUCAGUGCAGUAAAAGAUUUAACCAAAAAUAUAAUCUUACAGAUCAUAUGAGAAUUCAUACCGGAGAGAAACCCUUCAGCUGUUCCGAGUGUGGUAAAAGUUUUACUCAAAACAGAAGUCUAACAAAUCAUAUGUUUGUUCACACAGGAGAGAAGCCCUUCAGCUGUACUGAGUGUGGUAAAAGAUAUAUCAAAAAAGUUCAUCUUACAGGUCACAUGAGAAUUCACUUAAGAAAGAAACCCAUCAGCUAUCCCAAGUGUGAUAAACAAUUUAAAGAAAAGAACAUUUGAUGCUGCAUUUGGUGCAGCAUAGAGGAGAUGACCAAUUAGGUCAGGUAUGGAAGCAUAUUCCGAUUUUGCACUUUGCAGCAUCAGCCUUGGUCCUGUACUGCUCUGGCCUCCUAAUGGCCAUCCUCCAGGCCUGUGCCAUCUCUCUAGGUAUCCUCCCAGCUGCCCUCUCCAUGAUGCAAGCAGUUGCCCCGGCGCCUGGACCAGCCCACUGGGUCCUGGACACCUAGUGUGCAGUGUACUUUUACAUGCCCAGGAAAGGGCCACAGUGCCUAUAAAAGCACAGAUGCCAUUCUUGCAUCAGGCAUCUGACCCUUCCCAUCCUAGCUCUCCUGAGCUUGUCUGCAUUAGAAACACACCUUUGCCAAUGAUACCCAAAGAAGCACCGAGGACGAGUUGUCACAAAGAAGUCCAGUCAGCACCUCUAGCCAUCAGUCAGCGUCCAGGCUUCACAAGUGUAAAGUAGGACCAGAAGGACCAAGAACCAAAAGACUUUAGUCCACAUGCUCAGAUACCAGGAACACCACACUGUCUUGCUUAGCUAACCCAAUGCCCUGUAUGCAAGUCCAAGUCUGCAGUUGAUCUCAGUAGUCAGCGGAGCAAUGGAUAACACCAGCAUUACUCAACCCUCCUCAACCAAAGAGCCAAAUUGUUGAAAAUGCAAUCACAAGAUCCCCAAUCUAAGUGGUGAAAAGUAAC